GGCUGCCAGGACAAGCAGAUUGGACACUCAGGACACCAAGGAGCCCUGCAGGUGAAAGCUGACCCCACGCCACCCUUCACCUGGACAAGAUGCGAGCAUCAGGUGUGCUUCGUGUCCUGGCCCUCAUCUUUGCCACGGUCACCACGUGGAUCAUUAUUCGAAACUACAUGAGCUUCAGCAUGAAAACCAUCCGUCUGCCGCGCUGGCUGGGCUCGUCCACCAAGGAGACCCAGGUCGCGAAGCACAAAUGUGGCCUCAUCAAGCCCUGCCCAGCCAACCACUUUGCGUUUAAAAUCGGCAGCGGGGCUGCCAACGUCGUGGGCCCUACUAUGUGCUUUGAAAACCACAUGAUCAUGAGUCCUGUGAAAAACAACAUUGGCAGAGGCCUGAACAUCGCCUUGGUGAACGGAACCACAGGAGCAGUGCUGAGUCAGAGCACAUUUGACAUGUACUCUGGAGAUAUUAAGCACCUGGUGAAAUUCCUUAAAGAAAUUCCAGAGGGUGCACUGGUGCUGGUGGCCUCCUACGACGACCCGGGGACCAAAAUGAAUGAUGAAGCCAGGAAACUCUUCACCAACCUGGGGAGUUCCUACGCAAAACAGCUGGGCUUCCGGGACAGCUGGGUCUUCAUAGGAGCCAAAAACCUAAAGGAUAAAAGCCCCUUUGAGCAGUUCUUAAAGAACAACCCAAACACCAACAAAUAUGAGGGAUGGCCAGAGCUGCUGGAGAUGGAGGGCUGUGUGCCCCCAAGACCAUUUUAGGGUGACUGUGGCUCUUCUUGUGCUUGGAGGCCUGAAGAAGCUCCUGACUUAGGAGUCAGAGCCCAGCAGGAGCCGAG